UCUUUCGAUCGCGAACAUCGGCCGGACUCAGUCGUCGGUCGAUUCAACUGGAUAAUUCCAAGUGUUAUCUAUAGGAUGUUUUGCAUUAAUGAUCACAAUCAGUGCCAUUAAUCGAAUCGGCUUCGAGGGUGAUAAGGGCGUCGCGGAUAGCGUCGUCGGUGACAUUUGAGUGUUGGUGCGUUAUCGGUACGGUUGUGAUGAGGUGAUUGUUGUGGUGCGUGAUAUUCACAGUAGUUUGAGCAUGUGGGGGGCGGCAGUGUCUCCUCCCGCGCAGUACGGCGGCGGCGGCGGCGGCGGGCCGGGCGGGCCGGUGCUGGCGGGCCCGGGCGCGCGCCACCUGCGCCCGCAGUCCUCCUACUCGCUCCCGCACGGCAGCGCGGGCGCGGGCCGCUGGGGCUGGGCGGCCGGCUCGCACGUCUCCUCCUUCGACCGGCGCCAGGCCAAGCUGCCGCCGCAGCCCGUGCGCCCCGCGCCCGUCCGACCCUCCUACAACAGAAGCAAUUCUUCUAAUAAGGUCGACCCCGAGCUGAUCUUCACGAAGCAAGAGAAGAUUGGCAAGGGCUCCUUCGGCGAGGUGUUCAAGGGGGUCGACAACCGCACGCAGCAGAUCGUCGCCAUCAAGAUCAUAGACCUUGAAGAGGCCGAGGAUGAGAUCGAGGACAUUCAGCAGGAGAUCAUGGUGCUGUCACAGUGCGACAGCCCCUACGUCACCAAGUAUUACGGAUCCUACUUGAAGGGCACGAAGCUAUGGAUAAUAAUGGAGUACCUCGGCGGCGGGUCCGCGCUGGACCUCAUGAAGGCGGGCAGCUUCGAGGAGAUGCACAUCGCGGUGAUCCUGCGCGAGGUGCUGCGCGGCCUCGACUACCUGCACUCGGAGCGGAAGCUGCACAGGGACAUCAAGGCCGCCAAUGUGCUGUUGAGCGAGAUGGGUGAUGUCAAGCUGGCUGAUUUCGGCGUGGCCGGGCAGCUGACGAACACUACAAGCAAGCGCAACACAUUCGUGGGCACGCCCUUCUGGAUGGCGCCCGAGGUCAUCAAGCAGUCAUGCUACGACAGCAAGGCGGACAUCUGGUCGCUGGGCAUCACCGCCAUCGAGCUGGCCAAGGGCGAGCCGCCCAACUCGGAGCUGCACCCCAUGAGAGUCCUCUUCCUCAUCCCCAAGAAUAACCCCCCGCAGCUCACCGGCAGCUAUUCCAAGCCGUUCAAAGAGUUCGUCGAGGCGUGCCUCAAUAAGGACCCGGAAAAUAGGCCAACAGCAAAAGAAUUAUUAAAGUUCCAAUUCAUCCGAAAGGCGAAGAAGAACUCGUAUCUAAUGGAUCUUAUAGAUAGGUAUAAGAAGUGGAAGGCGCAGCGGAGCGAGGAGAGCGAGACCGAGUCCGAAAACUCUGAUUCUGAGGACUCUGGGAGGCCGGACGGCGACGCGGACGAGCCGUGGGUGAUGACGGUGCGCGGCAACCGCGGGCUGGUGCAGCCGGACAUGCCGCCGCCCGACGUCAUACACGAGCGCGAGCACACGCGGCGGAUUGACCACACAGCCAUCCAAGUGGCGACGUCGCCGGCGGUGGCGAAGCAGAACGGCUCCGUGCGCGAGGAGGCUCCCGUCGACAACCACGCCGCCAAGCCGCCGCCGCUCAACAACAACACCACCGUCGACAAACAACAGCCGCGGCACACGUCUUCAGUGCAGCCGGAGCGCGCCGAGCCCCGCAAGGAGCGCGAGCGAGGCGACCCGCCCGCGCCCCGCGACUCGCUACUCUACAACAAACAAGCGUCACCAUUGGACCACAGAGGAGCCAACGUCCAGGAAGAGUCCAAAGUGAGAAGGCACCCCUACCUUCAACAACUCAUCUACCCGCUACUGAAUGAGCUAACCCGCAAGCACGGGCCGGGCAGCGCGGCCGCCAUCGAGGAGCUGCGGCGCGCCUUCGAGCACGCCGAGCGCGGCGCGCCGCACGUCACGCGCGCCUUCGUGCAACAGGUGGUGCAAAGGGUGGCGUCGCAGUCGCACCAGCCGUCGACUCCUUCACACCACACCUCGUCCCAACAGUGGAUGAGGUAGGUACGGGACCUGUCAUAGAGCGGGCGCUCCGGAGCUUCCACUGAGUCACGAUCCCAGCGACAUCUACAUCUCGAGUUUACGCUUUAUGUUUCUUGCGACUGCCCUCCCAAACGUAAACACGGCUAUGCGCUAAAUUUACUACCAUCUUAAUUGACCCACACAAGUUAAAGACAAAACUAUUACUUUCAAAGACUAUUUUAUUAAAACGCAAGCUUCAUCCCAAACUGUCAUCGGGUCAACUAAGUUGGUGGCGUGCACGAAAUAUGGGAUAGGUUAUUUACCCUAACCAUAACCAAAUUGUUGUGCAAACUAUCGAUGCGUUUGAUACAACUGGCACUAUGCUGGCACUGCUAUUAUUUGUGAAUGAUUUUGCAUGCUAUCUAGUUAAUUAUUGUUUUUAUUUAUUCUUGAAUCCUUUAAAUUGUGGUAACAUAAAUUCUAGCAUGCCAGGUAUACUGUAAUUUAUGUUUUUUUUCUAUGCAUCAUUAUAUGAUACGUUGGGAGGCGCGGGCGCAACCGAGUCACAAAGUUGCAAUGCCAUAGUGUAAUAAAUAAAUAUAAAAUUAAGAUGGUUAUGUCUUAUAAUAUUUUAUACGUUCAUCAUUAUGUAAAUAUCAACUUAGUUUCCUGUAUUAAUUGAACGACUUCAAAUGAGCAUGUAAACGUGUGGCUAAAGUGGGUGCAGUAGUCUCUUUUUCAUUUUAAUUCGUUAAUCAAUUUAGAAACCUCUUGUGUAUUCAACUUUUCCUUGAGGAUUUUUCUAGAAUAUUUUAAAUUAAGUAUCAUUAUUGUCUGGAAUGAUUAUGUUUUGAGUAUUGAUAAAGUUAAGUCGAUUCAUUAGCUACACUUCGCCAAUGUUUUGCCAUAAUAUUCUAAAUUGUAUUUGUUUUUUUACUAACUCGGGUCGGUUUGCUAGAGAAGUGUGAUCACGGCGAAUUGCUAACAUUAUUUCUGCGUUAGUAUUGUUCGUAACUGAAGUAGAAAUGUAUUGAAACCUUCGUGUUUAGUGUCAUUCCAUACAAAAGACAAUAUUGUCGGCAUUUAUAGUUUAUUUGAUUUUUGAAAAUGCAACUUUGUGUUAAAAAGCUGUCCAUUAAUCUGUUUCCAUUAUUUGAUUCGUAAGUUUAGAAUUUCUAAAGUUAGUUUUAGUUGUGUAUUUGAAUUACAUAUUUGGAAUAUAAAUUAGAGCUAUUUAGCGUUCAAAACCGUAGCCCUGUUUUGCGAACUGAUUUCUUUCCUGGGUUUGUGGUGUAAGGUUGGGCGAAUAAUGGGAGAUAUCGUGAAUAAAGUAUUCGACACCAACGACCAUUCGGUGUCUGUAUUAAAAUAAAACAUGCUUAAUAUGUGACAAUAUUUAACAAUUGGGAGUAUAUAGAGUAUAUUAUGAAGACUACAAAACAAUUAUUAUUGCUAUGUAAAAAUGUAAACCUAAUAUUAAAUGUGUAAAUUGUGUAGUAUAAUAAAAAAGCUAUUUUAUGAA